CAUAUCAUCAUAGCCAGCAUACCAACUGUGCUACACAGACUACUCUACUGCUCACUCACACAGACUCAAACACAUCACCCAGAUACAGUCAGUCACAGUGUAACUCACACCAGGACCAGGCUUGCUAAUUUUUCAGGCUGGGCAGUCACAAGUACCAGCAAGGAAUCAGUGACCAUCCACCCUCCCAGCAGAAGCCAUAUAAUAUUACUGAGGGAACGUCUGAGAAGUUGCAAGAGAACUCUUCAGCAUUUUGGAAUUUGGACUGUACCAGAUCCACCAGACUUUGGGAUUUAAAGCCCUCUGUUGAACCAGGCCGGCAACAGCAUUUUAGACAGUCCCAACAGCACCAGAGGAAGGAGGUUAAUCUAGGAUCAGACAGUAUGCUGGCUCAGAUCCUACAGGAGAUGUGGGUGGACCCAGAGGUUCUGGAGGCCCUGAGUGAAGACCAGAAGAGAAUCUUGUUCCUGAAGAUGAGAGAGGAGCAGGUCAGACGCUGGAAAGAUAGAGAGGAGAAGGACGAGAAAGAGAGGAGAACCAGGGAACACACCAGGUCUAAGAAAGGUCACAGUAAGAGUGUGCGCUGGCUGUUGGGUCAUGAUGGGGAUGUGAGUGUGAGCGUGAUCGGAGAGGUGGAUGAAUUUAGAUACUCCAAACUCCUCCAGACCCUUCGUACCAACACCAGACUACAGAGUACAGAAAUGAACAACCUAGUGGUUGAUAUCCAUACUGUGUCUCUACUGACAGACAGAGAGAACCACCAAACCAGCUCACAAUCAGCCAUACUGAUGCAACUAAGCGAAGACUCAGACGGGUCUAAGGACUCUGAGGAGGACCAGGACACAGGUAGGGCUGAGGUCGACCCAAAGGACACCAGGGAGGACAGCAUCGACAGUGUGUCAGGCUACAGCACAGAUGACCUAAAGGACUGGGGCCUCUGCUACAGACCCCACUGCAGCAACAUCAGCCUCUGUCUCCAACCCCAGCUGUCAGUCACAGAAAAGGCCCUCCCACAGAGCAGAAGAGUGGUGGUCAGUCAUGAAGAGGAGAGCCCAGCAUUUGGUGGUCGGGUGGCCCAGCUCAGGAGAGCAUUUGCCACGUCCUCUCCCACCGCCAUGCCCCCUGUGGCCACCAAACCCUCUCACCUGUAGCUAGCAGCCAAACCUUCCCUCAGGAAACACCAGGGUCACCUCCAGUCAACCAACCACACAGAAGAGGUACUGCCCACUUGACGAGCUCAUUUGAAUACCAGGUACAAGUGACCUACGGACAGACACUCACCUGAGGAAUGGUGCGGAGAAAUAGAAGCUCCAAACUUAGCCGAGUUAAAGGUGGACAUGCACGGCUGAGUGGGAGGAAUGCUUGGCGCUGGUAUUCUGGUGAACGGCUCCCUUUGAAGGUUCCUGGAGCCUGCAUGGUAGUCAUACAGUUCUACCUCUCCUUAAAGCUAAAUACACAAGAGGUUUGGACAUGGUUAACACAAGAGCUAUUUCUACAUAUGUACAAGAGGUUGGUAUCUGAUUUGUACAUGGGGUGGAGGAAAAGAUUUAGCUUCACGUUUCUUAUCAUGAAUUAUGUAAAAAAUAAAAACCUCAGCUGUAAUAAGGGUCGUGGUAUGUUUGGGCUAUAGGUUAAACCAUCCUGUCGUGUUUUUAGUUGCCUGAUCUUUUGCUUUGUUAGUUGCUGUCGUUAUCUAACGGUCUAACCUCGUAGAUUUUCUGGUCAUAUUCUGUUUUGUAUAUUUGCGCUCUAACUACAUUUGUUUGAGGAGGUUAUUUCAAUAUUGUGUGUGAAACAUGCUUGUGCAAUACACAGAUUUAUUUGACCUGUCGUCUUCUAAUUCAGCUGAAUAAAAAUGUGGAAGAAA